AUUCACUUGCACGUGUAAUUACGUCAAACGUCAAACUGAAGAUGUUAUUAGUACAAAAUUUCAAAAAUAAUACAAACAUUUUUUAACACUACAAACAAAUCAUAUGAUUUCUUCAUGUAUCGAUUUUUAUUAUAAAGAUUGUCUUCCUAUAAAAUAUUUAAUAAUAAAUAAAUGUGCAAUUCUAAGAAAUAUAUACUAUGCUAUUAUUAGAAAAUCGAUAAUAAAUUUAUGACCAUGAAUCCGAAACUGAAAAAGGGCAUGAAGUCAGGAUUCACUAGUUUCGUUCUUCCACGCAAGCCCUCGAAUAAAGUUGGAGUAUCAGUUACGAGAAGUCAAAGCGCGAAAGAAUACGGAAUGGAUGUUAUUAUAUCAGAAGUUACCAAUGAUUUAGCAAUUUCGCGACGACCUUUAAGUUUCGACGUCCAGAAUAAAAAAUCAAUAAGCAAUUUACACAGAAACAACAGUUUAUCAGACAGUAACAUAUGUAGUGAUUCAGUACAAGACGAAUCGGUUAAAGACAAAUCAAUUUCUCAUGAAAAUUUAUUAGAGACCAAAGGACUGAAUUCCCUACAUCUUAUUCCAAUCAGUAAAGCAAGGCAACGUAAUUUUUUACAGGGUAAAAUAGGGGUUAAUUCGUUAUUAGGACCUAAUGAAUUAGAGAGAGUGUGUCCCAAUAGAGAAAUAACCAUUUUUGUGGGUACUUGGAAUAUGAAUGGUCAUUCACCCCCGAAGGAAUUGAACGAUUUCGUUUUACCUAUAAGUAUGGAACACGUCCCCGAUAUUUUGUCGUUCGGUACCCAAGAAUCAACAUCUGAACGAUUCGAAUGGGAAGCUAGUUUACAGGAAACCAUUGGACCCUCCCAUUUACUUUACCAUUCGAUCUCUUUGGGGACUCUGCAUCUGGCUACGUUUAUAAGAAGGGAUUUAAUUUGGUAUGUUUCCAUACCGGAGGAAUCUAGUUUGUCUGUGCGACCGGGUACUGCAUUUAAAACCAAAGGCGCCGUUGCCACUUCGUUUAUGUUAUUUGGUACUUCUUUUUUAUUUGUUACCGCUCAUCUUACCGCGCACGAAGAGAAAGUCAAGGAGAGAUUGUCAGAUGUUAAAAAAAUCGUGCAUUGUAUGGAUUUACCCAAAGUUCUUCCAUGCAAAAAUAAAAAUCAAGGUAUUGGAAGAAGAAAUACGAGGAUUAGAAAAAAAACAUUAACUUAUAUAACCCAAAAUUUCGAUUACGUUUUUUGGUUCGGCGAUUUGAAUUUCAGAUUGGCUACGCCGAGAGCUAAAGUCUUGGAAUGGUUAUCUAAGACAAGUUUUCCAUUACCGGCUCAUCUACCGCACGGUUGUAUGCACCACGAUCAACUGUGCUCGGUUUUAGCGGACGGAGCGGCUUUUCGCGGUUUCAACGAGGCUAAAAUCACAUUUCCACCAACUUACAAGUACGAUCCAGGUACACAAAAUUUCGAUUCGUCGUCUAAAAAUCGAACGCCAGCUUAUACGGAUCGAAUAUUGUAUAAACAGAAGAAUAACAGAAGGUUUAGCGGGGCGCUUGAAAAUCCCCCGUUACAUUGUUUAAUAUACGAUUCAGUUCCAUCUAUAACGACUUCGGAUCAUAAACCAGUGUGGGGAGUCUUUAAGGCACAUCUAAGACCUGGUUUAGACACAAUUCCAUUAGCAGCUGGUUUGUUCAACAGAGAUGUUUACCUCGAAGGAUUAAAAAGACGUGCUACAACUAAUAGUAUAAAAACUAAUACCUCGGUAUGUUCCGUUCAAUAAGUAUUAUAUCGGCGAUAUGUUCCAGAAUUAUUGUAUAGACACUAUGAAAUUCCAUUUUUAAUAAAAUGUUUUCAAAUAAAGUUUUUUUUUAUUUCACUUCCCUAUUAUGAA